CAUCCCCCCAUCGGAGCUCCGCAAAGGUCAAGUGUUAUUGAUCCCCAAACACGAUCUAUAAUGUCGGAAUCAAACCUCCAAAAGUUUGGAUCAGGUCGAACAUGACGGAUGUGUUGCGCUCAGGCUCAUUAUCGUGUCUCUCUCUCGCGCGCGCGCCAGCUGAGCAGUAGGUGAUCAGACUCUGGUGCGUAAAAGACGCGCUCCGGGGCGGGGACUGAUUUGGAGACGCAUCAGUAAAAAAAAAAAAAAGAAAAAGGAAAAAAAAAAAGAGCACAUCAGCACGACGCGCUGCAUCUACAGAAACACAAUGAAAGUCCACGGCGAUGGACUUUUCCGAGUCCUCCGUGGAGCGCGUACGGUCCCCCACAGCCGCCGCCGCCGCUCCUUCGCCGCGGUGACAACGGCGACAUAAUGGCAUGCAGGAGCGGCUGCUGCUGCGGCUCCUCCGGCCCCAUCAACGAGGACAACGCGCGGUUCCUGCUGCUGGCGCUCUUCAUCGUCCUCUACCUGCUGUGCGGCGCCGCCGUCUUCUCGGCGCUGGAGCAGCCCAAGGAGCGGGAGGCGAAGGCGCGCUGGGCGCAGAGGUUCGAGCACUUCUCCCAGAAGCACAACCUGAGCAGGAGGGACCUGCGCAACUUCCUGAGGAGCUACGAGGAGGCGAACGUGGCGGGCAUCCGGGUGGACACGGUCAGACCCCGGUGGGACUUCACGGGAGCGUUUUACUUCGUCGGGACCGUGGUGUCGACGAUUGGGUUUGGGAUGACCACUCCCGCCACCAUUGGAGGAAAAAUCUUCCUGAUGUUUUAUGGACUGCUGGGCUGCGCCGCCACCAUCCUCUUCUUCAACCUCUUUCUGGAGCGCGUCAUCACCGUCAUCGCUUUUGUCCUCAAGUCCUUCCAUGAACGGCGCCACAACAAGGCCGUCCUGCCGCAGAAUGGACGCCGGGCUUCUGAGGGUGAGAAGGCGGGCAGAGCCGAGGUAGGCGCAGUAGGAAAGCGUGAGGAGCUCGCCGGCUGGAAACCCUCGGUUUACUGCGUCAUGUUCAUCCUCGGGGCGGCGGCAAUCUUGGUGUCCUGUUGCGCCUCGCUGAUGUACUCGGCGGCUGAAGGCUGGGGCUACUUGGACUCGCUCUACUUCUGCUUUGUGGCCUUCAGCACCAUCGGGUUCGGGGAUAUGGUCAGCAGUCAGAGGAUCUCCUACGAGGGUCACGCCACGGCUGCUUACCGGGUUGGAAACUUCUUCUUCAUCCUCACCGGUGUCUGCUGCAUCUACUCCCUCUUCAACGUCAUCUCCAUCGUCAUCAAGCAGGUCCUCAAUUGGCUGCUCAGGAGGUUGGAAGCCUCUUGCCUCUUGCACUGCUGCUUCCCUAGGAGGGGUCCUCACCCGCACCGGCACCCUCGCCGGAACGUGGUGGCCCCGGGACAUCUUCGUGCCUGCAGGGACCCUUCCAUUGAGACGGACGCCAUCAACGAGAGCGAGACCGACCCGGGCCGCAGGAUGUCUGGGGAGAUGAUCUCCAUGAGGGACUUCUUGGCUGCCAACAAGGUGAACUUGGCCAUCAUGCAGAAGCAGCUGUCGGAAAUGGCGGUCGGACACCCGCGGCAGUCCGGCGGCUCCUGCUCGCAUCAGAACGGAUUCUCAGGAGGGGUGGGUGCCCUGGGCAUCAUGAACAACCGGCUGGCGGAGACCAGCGUGGACAGAUAAGGUGUUUUUAAAAAAAAUAAAAGAUACAGAAGAAUGAAGAGGAAGAGUCUGAGGCGGGCGUGGGCUAACUGAACCCCCCAUAGCCACCUCUCAGCAGGUGCAAGCGAAUCCAUCUCCGUCCGCUUUCCUUUGAGGAACUUGACUCUGUGUCAGUUUGCUGAAAUCUUUCAUUCGGACCGGAGUGCUGGAAUGUUCCCUGGUGAUGAACCCAGUUUCCAUGGGGAUAAAUAAAUAAAAAAACAGCCUGCCUAGAGUGUCGUUUUCUGAGCUCCUUCACACCUAAACGCAACAUCCUGGGUUUGUCUGUUGUUUAAAACAUGGUUCAUGUUCAGGAAAUGAAAUGAUGCCAAAUACAGUAUGUUAUGUCCAGAUAUUUUAAUGCAUAUAAGUAAUUUGUCUAUUGGCAUUUUUAAGCGAGAAGAAGCUGGCAAUCUUCCAACACAUUUCUGUAAUUCUUAAUAAAACCUGUUUAACUUUG